AAAUAUUAAAAAAAAAAAAUAAAUAAAUUUCAUUUUUAUCAAUAAAUAUCUGGUAACAGCAUAAUACUGUCUUGCUUUGUUUUUUUCAAUCAAUAAAGUGUGAAACAUCAGAAAAUGGGAAUCCAAGGAUUAGAACAUUUCUGUAAAAAAAAUCCCGACAUUGCAGAAGAAAUUGACAUUAGAGAGGAAAUUGAAAAAUGGCGCGUUGAUCACCAUGGCAAAAAUCCAACAAUAAUUAUUGAUCUGAAGGAAUUAUUAAGGGUGUUCUUCAGAAUUGAUGAAGUUGGUUUGAUUUUAGGUGGACGAUUCGAAAUAUACAGUGAGAUUCUUGAAUAUUUUUGCGAUGAAAUGAAGAAAAAUGGUGCAAAGUUGGUGUUCUUUGACCGACUCAAUGAAGGAAAAUUUAAUAAAGUCGAAGAAUUCCAACCAAUUCACCCACAGUAUGACUGUCUCAUUGAACAUAAGCCGAUGAUCUAUAAUUAUCAUCAUCAAAAUUUACGACCUACCGAACGUAUUUCAUACAAUUUAUAUUCGACAUGCGCAAAGUAUGGAAAAAUCUAUACAAAAUACACAAGCAACGCUGGUGUGAUUUUGUCAUAUAUUCUAGAAAACUGCGAAGAAGUGAUGGCAUUGAUAACACGUAAUACAUCAUUUUUGGUCCGAAUGGUUGAGCUCGAAUUUAUGUUUUGGAGUCUUUCAAAUAUUGAUUAUGGCAAAUUGAAAAUUACAAAGUUCUGCUAUCGAAAACUGUGUGAAAUAACUGGAUUGGAAUUGCAUCAUAAUCACCUGAUUUGGGCUAUUAAACAUGUGGACAUAGGUCAUACAAGCAAGAACAAGUAUCUUUCUUUUGUAGAGUACGCCAAGAAACAGCAAUAUGGUCCAAAUGGAUAUGAUACCGAGCAAUUGACUGGUAACUUGACCAAUGCGGAUCGAACCAAAAUCGCCGAAAAUCUCGCAACAUUAGAAAAGUAUGUCGAUUGGAAAGUAGAAGAAGGCAUAGUUGAUGAUUUCAUUCAAAAUGAUGAAACAUUCAAAAGUGUGUUACGGUUUUGCAAGGAUAACAUCUACUUUGCUUACAAGCUCAUUAUCGAAACAUAUACAAUUCCGAAAGAUCUUUUCUACAUCGAUAUCCGUCGAUCGGAUGCCAUUACGUUCAUUGACCUUAUCAUCAAUUUAACAAUGAAACAAUUGGGAAUCCUUUUCAAGGAUAUCGACCCGGAAAUGCAGCCAGCGAGACGAAUGGUUCUACUAAAACGAGAUUUUAAUGUAGAAACUGUUAAAUAUGAAAAAGAUAUCAUUUAUCCAUCGAUGCCGUUACCCAGUCUGGUGAACUUGAUCAUUGAUGAAGAUAACAAAUCAUUCAACGAAUCACGGUGGUGCUUAUUACAAAACUUGCUUGAUUUGGAUGAAGAAACUAUUUCGAAGAUUAACAAUGCAAAGAAGCAGCUGCGAAUUGUACUGUACACACUAAAAUUUCUGCUGGUGAAUGAAAUUAUUUCAACACAUGAUGCAGACAUACUCCUGGUCACGGAGUUGGAUGGACGUAGUAAAGGAAACGUGUAUGUCCCUAAAAAUGCAAAACGUCCACCGCCACCGAUGCCAAAUCAACAUUAUCCGCGUUAUGUGGAGUUUCCGUGGGUGCGAAUAGCUCAUAAAUAUACAAUCGCCUUCGAACACGUUUGUCAUUGCCUUGAGAUUUGCGGCCUUCGUAAAGAAGCGGACAUAAUCAAGUUUGAUGCAUUGAAAUUUCACAAAAAUAUGCAUCUCAUGAAAAAUGGAAAGGACAAUGAGGAAAUCAAACGUACAAUGGUGCGAAUCGAAAACAUUCGCCUUUGGUGAAAUCAACCCAUGAAUGCUUUGGGUCUGCCUUUUACUGCUGCCAUUCUUUAAAAUUACUUUCUUUACUUUAUCGUAACAAUCAUAUUCAGUUUCAUGUGAUUUGUAGAGAAAAUUCGAGCUUGUGUCAGCCUAUUAAACCAUUCCAAAAAGUGUUGA